AGUCUGCCCCUGAGCUAACGAAUGGUGACUACUAGUAACUAUAUUGGUACAUCCUCUACACAAUUUUCGAAAUGCAUCUAGAUGGCGUGGCUCCUGAGCAGCGGGAUGUGAUCCGUAAGGUCGCUCCAGCUGUCUCUGAUGAGCCGUCCUUUGCUCCUUUUGAGAUAGGUGACAUGAAGGAGAAGGUAGACGAUAUCAAUGUCUCUGUCGAGGAACUGGACAAGUCUCUUCCCUUCAUGGUAAUGGCCAUGAACAUCAUGAAGGUCCUUCAAAGCUAUAGUGUCGACUGCAAGGGCACAGGCACAGUCUGGGAAGACGUGAAGGCAUCUCUGCCGACAAUAAUGGCAUUCAUCGAAAAGCAAGAGCCGAUUCUGAUGGUUCUUCCUGCCUUCCCUUUCAAGUCUCCUAACUCUCAGGAUAAGGCACUUGGUAUUCUCCCAGAUCUUGGGGAGGAAAUAGCUCUGAAUCACCUCAAUGGCCUUUGCCAGAAUAUUGCCCGUGUUUAUGAGCCCGGUGCACAGGUGCAUAUCACCUCGGAUGGCUUAGUUUACAAUGAUAUCCUCGGUGUUCCCGACGAGGUCGUUUGGGAUUAUGGCGAAGCACUGCGCCAAAUCGCCGUCGACCAGGGCCUCCAUCAUCUCCGUUUCAUCAGACUCGCCCAUUUACUCGAACACGACACAUUCCCACAUAAUGAUCCUGUAUCCGCAAAGGCUUUCUAUAUGGCACACGCGCCAUGCUUUCGCAGAGAACUCAUGCAGCGCUUUGGCGACCCUACCUUCUGUCCCCGUACUGCCAUCAAGGCCGACAUGGAUGUGUGCUUGACGUACCGCGGAUACAUCAAAUUCCUAACCAAGGAUCUGGCGCAUAAGAUCGUCUCCAAAAGUAAGCGAUCCAAGGAUGAACAGAUUACCCAGAUCGCACGAAGCAUGAUUGUCCGUGGCCAGGUGUUUGCAGCAGCCAUUCGGGCUCAGCGGGGAAAUUACGUCCGUCUUUCCAUCCAUCAGUCGACGAACAGCCGCAAGCUGUCUAUUCCGUUGAUUCCGCAGGGCCAAGGGACUAUUGGUCAUACGCCGUGGCAUUCGUGUAUUGCGGUUGGUGUGGAUGGUUCCUAUCGUGCUACGCAUGUCGACCAAGUGCGAGCUACGCACGAUCUGGUCUAUAAGAAUGGCCGCCCGUACUGUUAUCGAGAACGUUCUGAGGUGUUUGACUGGAGUGGGGAUGGGCUGCAGGUUGAGUUCGAGCAUCUUUAUCCGUGUGGACUCAUCAUUCGCCCUGUUGGAGGCGAGAAACCAUCGAUUCUAACCAUCCCGAUGCGCAAGGUCCGGCAGCUAUCCUCCAACAUGUCGCCUGUUAUCUGUCGAGGCUUCACAGAUACAGAUAACGAAAAGCUAUUCAUCGACAAAGCCGCAGACCUAGGAGAGGUGGCCGCCUGGAGCCAAGACAUCAUCGUCAAGGUGAAAGACAGCAAGCGGCAGGACAAGAAGAACAACAACGUCAAAUCCAACGAAGCCAUGCCAAUGCACUACGACGGCAUGUUCCGGUUCGACGAAAGGACCGAUCCCAUCACAGGCGAGAAAUCGCGUGUCCAGAAUACCCCACGCUAUCAAUUCUUCACCUGUCAGGCAGCGGCUGCUAAAGAUGACUGCCACACAUUGUUCGCGAGCUCCCGGCUCUUCUUCCGCUAUCUGCCUCUCCCAUGGUCGACUGAGCGUCUGCAAAAGGCGACCUGGAGUAUGGAAAAUGAUGGCUUCUGGGAUGCUAAAGUAUACAAUCUUCCGUUGGUCAUCACGCAUCCAGAGUCUGGUCUUCCAUGCCUGCGCUGGCACCAACCCUGGGAUGCAAGCAAGACGAAAUUCAGCACGUGCGAGGUGAAGAUCGACAAUGAUGAUGCCAGUCUUAUCUCGCAGAUCGACGAUCUCACUUAUGAUUACCGUGUUUGUCGGCGCUUUUCGUGGGAGGUUGGCGAUGUGCUGGUCAAUGAUAACCUGUCUAUGCUUCAUACGCGGACUGGAUAUUCGAGUGAUUGUGAUCGCGAGCUUUGGCGUAUUCACUGUGAUUGAAUACUUUGGCUCCAUGGAGAUGUCUAAGUUUAUAGGGGCAGUAACAUUAUUUAAUAAUUAACAAUAACAAGUAAUGGCAGCGAUGGAAGUCAUAUGGAACGCCUAAUUGCCUCACCAACGCGCAUAUACUUCUAUCAACAACCUGUCAUUAC